AUGAAUAACCCGCGGACCUUGAGAUACAACUUUAACACACGUAAACAAAAGACAUUAAAACGGGUGAAGAUAUGUCUGGAAGUGCUGUAUGUGUUGGCAAUCAUUGGCUGCAUAAUAACAAUAGUGUUGUGCGGCAUAGCGUUGAGUUUAAUUGAUGACAACUUUCAACAAGAUAAUCUUACUAAAGAACAUGUAAUAGCGGUGUUGAUAAUCGUGGUGUUAUGGUUGGUAGUGUCGCUGAUUGGUCUGGUGGGCAUUAUUAAGGAACAUAAAGUGAUCGUGAUCGUUUUGCUGGUGUUCACCAUCGUUGGUAUUAUAGCAAACUUUGUCACCAAAGAGUAUGGACUGGGCUCCUGGGGUGUUGUGUGCGCUAUGUUAACUGUCCUUGUCGGUACUACAAUAGGAGAAAACUUUCAGCUAUCAUUUGAAAUACUGAUCAAUGAUUUCCCGCCACACACUCUCCCGUUCCAAGCCUAUAACCGACCCGCACCCCAAAAACUCGCCUGGAACGGGAGAGUGUGUGGCGGGAAAUCAUUGAUCACCACACAUCAAAUGUAUAAAUUCCAUGCCAUAAACUUUGAUGAUAAUCACUGGCCAGUGCUAGCGGGUCCCCGAAACAAACGAUGCAUUCACUUUAACGCUAUUUACAGUGCGGCGGCGAUCGGCACUCGUGGUUAA